CUCUGUUUUUUUUUUUUCCCCCUUCUCUCUCUAUUUCUCUAUCUGCGUGGUGUCUGAGCGAGGGCUGCUCUUCUGUUCCCCCUUGUUCCAGAGAGAAGAAGUGUCUCUUCCUGGUUCGGUAACCCCAAAACUAGGAAUCAAUCCAAUAGCCUAAAGCAACUUGUACAAAUUUCAUAGACAUAGAUAUUGAUAUUGAUAUAGAUAUAGAUAUAGAUAGAUAUAUAUAGAGAGAGAGAAAUAAAUAAGGAAGAGAGAAGAACACCACACGCCUUCCCCCAGUUCAGUCCACAAGACAGACCUACUUUUGCGCUAAUUUCUUCUUCCUUCGCAUUUCUCUUCUUUAAUAAUUCUCUCUCGUCACUCACGUACGAGAGAACUGAGCUGAGCUGAGCUGAGUUUAAACUCUUAAGCAGGGCAAUGAACGCCGUAUAGCGUCUCUCUCUCUAUCCCUGUUUCUCUCUCUAAAUUCGGGGUUUUGUGAAUCUUCCUUCUUCUGAAGCGACUCUCAUGGCCGGUGAUAAUGAAGUCAACCUCAGUGAAUCCAAGAGAGUAGUUCCUCUCAACACGUGGGUACUAAUCUCCAACUUCAAGUUGGCUUACAAUCUCCUCCGCCGCUCCGACGGAACCUUCAACCGUGACUUGGCCGAGUUCCUCGACCGGAAAGUCCCCGCCAACACGAUUCCCGUCGACGGCGUCUUCUCAUUCGACCACGUCGACCGCUCCACGGGGCUGCUCAACCGGGUCUACCAGCCGGCCCCGGAGAACGAGUCCCAAUGGGGAAUUGUCGACCUCGAAAAGCCCCUCCACACCGUCAAGAUCGUCCCCGUCAUACUCUUCUUCCACGGCGGCAGCUUCACCCACUCCUCCGCCAACAGUGCCAUCUACGACACCUUCUGCCGCCGCCUCGCCUGCAUUUGCGGGGCGGUCGUCGUCUCCGUGAAUUACCGUCGAUCGCCCGAGCACCGGUACCCCUGCGCCUACGACGACGGCUGGGCCGCCCUCAAGUGGGUCACCACAAGAAGUUGGCUGCGGAGCGGGGAGGAUUCUAAGGUCCACGUUUACUUGGCGGGUGAUAGUUCCGGUGGCAACAUUGCCCACCAUGUCGCGGCCAGGGCCGCGGAGUCGGAUGAGGUGCAAGUCCUCGGGAACAUACUUCUUCAUCCGAUGUUUGGCGGCGAAAAGAGGACGGAGUCUGAGAAGAGAUUGGACGGCAAAUAUUUCGUGACAAUUCAGGACAGGGAUUGGUAUUGGAGAGCUUAUCUCCCAGAAGGGGAUGACAGAGACCACCCUGCUUGUAACAUAUUUGGCCCUAGAGGUAAAAACCUUGAAGGGGUUAAGUUUCCCAAGAGUCUUGUUGUUGUGGCUGGAUUGGACCUUGUUCAAGAUUGGCAAUUGGCUUAUGUUGAAGGGCUAAAGAUUUCAGAUCAAGAUGUUAAGCUUCUUUAUCUAAAGCAGGCCACAAUUGGGUUCUACUUCUUGCCAAAUAAUGAACACUUCUAUACUCUAAUGGAGGAGAUUAAGAACUUCGUCAAUUCUAACUGUUAAUACCCAUUACCUUUAACUUUACCCUACAGGCAGCCAUACAUAGUCUCAGGAGUUGAAGAAGAACAAGAAGAAAAAGCAGCUUUGACAUUUCACUUGGGUUUUUUUUGUCCCCCCCCCUAGUUUUACAGUUAUGAUGGUGUGUAGAUGGAUGUAAGAUUGUGUAGUAUUAAUUCUUCUUACUCUUUUUUUUUUUUUUUAUAUAUAUAAUCAAAUUGUGGUGGUGUUUUGAGAGUUUCAGCUGAUCUUGAUCUGGGGAUAAGGCUAAGGUUUCAUCAGCACAGCUUGAAAGGAUCAGAACUUCAUGAAUGGGAUUUGGCAGAACCACCAAGAUUCAUACAUAGAAAGAAAGGACUUUUUUUUACCCUGGAUAACUUUCUGGCCACGAAUGACGAUUGGAUAAAAGGGGUAAAAAAAAAAUUUGGUGGUUUUUUUUUUUGGAUCAGUUUUUAGUAAAUGGAUACAUAUAAGCACUAAUUUCAGGGCAUGAAAUGGAAUUGAUCUCCGUUCUGUUAUGAACUUGUAUGUUAUACGUUGUGUUCUAGAGUUAAUAUAUAAAAGAUCUUUUGGUUUUUUUCUUAA